AUGCUUAUUUCUUGUUUUUCUGUAUUAAUUUUGAUAUCAAAUGUUUCUUGCCUUUAUUUUCAUAUCGGCGAAACACAAAAGAAAUGUUUUAUAGAGGAAAUUCCCGAUGAAACUAUGGUUGUAGGUAAAUAUAAGGUUGAAAUCUUUGAUAGAAAUGUUAAUGAUUAUAUACCAACUGUUUAUGGGCUUGGUAUGCAUGUUGAGGUCCGAGAUCCUGAUGAUAAAAUCAUCUUGUCAAGGACCUAUGCAGCAGAAGGCAGAUUUACCUUCACAUCUCAUACAGCUGGUGAACAUGUUGUUUGUUUACACUCGAACUCUACAGCCUGGUUUUCUGCUGGUCAAUUGAGAGUACAUCUAGAUAUUCAAGUUGGUGAACAUGCUGUAGAUUAUCAACAAGUACAGGCUAAAGAUAAGCUGAGUGAAUUACAAUUACGUGUUAGACAGUUAUUAGAUCAAGUUGAACAGAUAACCAAAGAGCAAAAUUAUCAAAGAUAUCGAGAAGAAAGAUUUCGACAAACUAGUGAAAGUACGAAUCAACGUGUAUUAUGGUGGUCUAUUGCUCAAACUGUUAUACUUUUAAUAACAGGCUUUUUACAGAUGAAGCAUUUAAAGAGUUUCUUUGAAGCCAAGAAAUUAGUUUAA